CUCUUUUACUAUUUUAUUAUAUAUACAAACAAUUUAUUAUAUUUCUACCACAAAAUAGAAAAAAAAAUAAACAUGCCACCUCAUAAUGAUAUUCCGUUACCUCCUCCACCAUCCAAGGUGGUUGAUGUUUUGAUUGUAGGUGCUGGUCCUGUUGGUUUAUUAGCAGCAUCCUUGCUUCGACAAUCCGAUUUCACUCUUCGUAUUUUAGAUGUAGAAUUUGUUCCUAAUCAUUGGGGUAGAGGGGAUAAUAUGCAUGGUAGAACAAUGGAAUUAUUAGAACGUGCUGGAUUGGAAGAAGAACUUUUAACAAGUGGGGCUCGUGUAAACAAACUCAAUACUUAUAACAAUACAAAACUGAUUCAAUCAACUUCUUUUGUUCCUGAUCAUGUGGAUUCAAAAUAUCAAUAUCUUCUUUGUGUUGGUCAACAUAUUACUGAAUCAAGUCUACAAAGUCAUUUGUCUCGUCAUGAAGUUCAAGUAGAAAGACCGUGUACCGUCACCCAUAUGCAAGAAAAUACACUAGGUGAAAAUAAGGCUACCCAUCCUCUGAUAGCGACUGUUUCCAAUCUUCAUGAUCAAGUUACAGAACAAGUGGAAUGCAAAUAUAUUCUUGGUUGUGAUGGAGCUCAUAGUAGCAUACGUGAACAAUUGGGUAUUGUGUAUGAUGGUGCAAGUACCGAAAUUUGCGGAGGUGUCAUGGAUGCUUUGAUUCGUACAAACUUUCCUGGAAAGAAGGAAUUUUGUUUACUUCAAGGAGAUACUUCCAAAACAGUUAGCUUAUUCCCUAGAGAAAAUGACUUGACUCGGAUCUUUGUUCACUUUAGUGAAAAUGAAAAUGCACUUCGAAGGGAACAACACAAUCGUAAUAAUAUUCAAAUGGAGGAUAUUCAACGUGAAGCAAAGCGGGCGCUGAUGCCUUACAGAUUGGAAUUCGUGGGCACUUUAUACUGGUCCACUUAUAUAGUUGGUCAACGUCAAGCAACGGCAAUGGAUGGAAUGAAUCAAAGGGUCUUUUUACUUGGUGAUGCUGCUCAUUGUCAAAGUCCUACUUUGGGUCAAGGAAUCAAUACAGGAUUUGGUGAUGUUUUUAAUUUGCUAUGGAAAUUGUGCCUGGUUGAACGUGGAGUACUUGAUAGAAAGAUUUUACAAACUUAUACAAUGGAACGAUAUCCUGUAGCAAAGCAAGUAUUGGACAUUGACAAAGUGGCUGCUAAAUCUGCAGCAAGUCAUGAAUCAGAUAUUUAUUGUGAAAUUGUGCAACAAAAUCGAUUAUUCACCUCUGGUUUUGGUAUAUAUUAUCCUCCUGUAUUGUCGAAUAAUGGUGAAAACUUGAAUCCACUUAUAUCACAAGAAAAUGGGCAGCAAAAAAAGGAUGGUCGAUCAAUGAUUGGUGCUCGUGCUCCGAAUGCCAAAGUAAUCAAGGCUACUACUGGGAAAAAGACAAGAUUAUUUGAUGGAAUAGAUUGGAGGACAUUUGCUGUCUUGAUAUUAGCACAUGAUAUCUCCUCAUCAGAGACUUUGCAACAAGUAGAAAAGGUUCAUCAAUGGACUCAAUCUUCAGCUCGCACUCGACUUGGUUCGGAUGUAGUAUGUACUAUUGUGACAACUACGAUUACGGAUGGACUUAGCAACAUUAUGGAUAUGUCUAAUAAUAACAAUAAUGAUUUACUGGAGCAUAUUGUCAUUGAUAAAUUGAAUAGAGCACAAUGUCAUCGUGAUUAUGGAUGUGAAGGAAAGGAAUCUAUUGGUCCAACUUUAGUAUUGGUUCGUCCAGAUGGUCAUAUUGGUACUAUUUGUCAUGGAGAAAAUAUGUUGGUUCAUGCUCAAAGUUAUCUGGAUCAAAUCUGUGUUUAGUUUUAUUAUUCCCUCCUCUCCCUACUAGAUAGAGUUGUAGAUUCUCAUUUUUUUUUAUAUUAUAUAACAUAUGAUUGUCAAAAAUAAUAAAAGUCUCAUAAGAAAAAUGAUUGUACCUUUGUUUUUUGUACCCUU